AUGGAGCCUUUUUCAAGGAUUAGAAAUACGUGGAACCGAACUUCUAGAGUUACAAAAGUCUGCGUUAUUGGCGGAGCAGCUGCUGCAACAGCACCAUUCCUUAUAAUACCUGCUUUAAGUGCAGUAGGUUUUACAUCAGCUGGUGUUGCAGGCGGUAGUAUAGCAGCAGCUUUCCAAACAGCAACAACAGCCUCUGGAAGUUUUUUUGCUCUUUGUCAAUCUGCUGGAGCAGUAGGGGCAGUAGCUACAUCAACAUCUUUAGGUGUAGGAGCAGCAGCUGGUGUUGCAGCAGUUGGUAUAGCAGCUGCAGUUAUCAGAGAAACAGUUGAUGUUGGAGUACAAACUGAUGAUGAUGAAAAUUUUCCAGAUAAUGUUGAAGUCUUAGCCGAUGUUCACUAA